GCUGGUGGCUGACUGUGUGCUGGAAGCGGCCGGACCGACCCGCUCCCGUGUGGCACCGACACAUAGUGGGCUGCGAUGGAGACGUCGUCGGCAGCAGCUGCAGCCCUGAUGGGCGGCGUCGACUACGCCGUGUUCGCUGGCAUGCUGGGAGUGAGCGCCGCCAUCGGCGUCUACUACGGCUUCUGCGCGCCCGCAUCCAGCGCUGACGAGUACCUCAUGGGAGGCCGCUCCAUGAAGACCUUCCCCAUAGCCAUGUCACUCAUCGCCAGCUUUGUGUCGGGUGUCACACUGCUGGGGAUGGCGACUGAAGCGUAUCUGUACGGCAUCCAGUUCAGCUACGUCUGUCUGGGACUCAUCAUCAGCUCCAUUGUGAAUGCACUUGCUUUCCUGCCAGUCUUCUACGACCUCCACGUCACAUCUACUUACGAGUACUUGGAUAUGAGAUUUGGUAAAAGCGUCAGAAUCCUGGGGUCCUUCUUCUUCAUCAUUAAUAUGGUCACCUGGGUCCCUAUCGUCAUUUACCUGCCCGCGAUAGCUUUAAACCAAGUUACUGGCGUCGAUCUCCGCGUCAUUUCUCCUGUAGUCUGCAUUGUCUGCAUUUUCUACACAUGUUUGGGCGGCAUCAGGGCGGUGGUGUGGACAGACGUGGUGCAGUCGCUGGUGAUGUUCGGCUCGGUGCUGGUCGUCAUCAUCAAGGGCACCGUCGACGUUGGCGGACUGGCCGUCGUCUGGAGCCGCAACGUCGAAUCGGGCCGCAUCGAGCCACCACUGCUGGAUGUGGACCCCAGGGUGCGGAUGGCGCUGCCCAGCCUGCUGGUGGGCGGCCUCAUGCAGUACCUCUACAAUGCCGGCGUCAACCAGAUAAUGGUCCAGCGGUACCUCGCGCUGCCCACGCUCACCAAGGCCAACAUAGCGGUGUGGAUAUUCACUGCCGGUGCUGCUAGCCUUAUCCUGCUGAGCACCUACAGCGGCCUCCUGAUCUUCGCCAGGUACUUCGACUGCGAUCCUCUCACCACCAAGGUGGCGCGAGCCAAGGAUCAGCUGCUGCCGCUGAUGGUGGCGGAGUCGCUGGGCGGUCUUCCCGGCAUGACGGGCGUCUUCGUGGCCGGCAUCUUCAGCGCUGCCCUCAGCUCAAUGUCUACGGCGCUCAACUCGAUGGCGGCCGUGGUGUUUGAGGACUUCUUUAAGACGUUCUUCCCUCGACGGCAGCUGUCUGAGCGCCAGGCAGACAUCCUGAUGAAGGCCGUGGUGGUGGUCUUGGGAUCCAUCUGCACGGCGCUGGUCUUCGUGGUGGACAGGCUUGGCUCUGCUGUUCUACAGAUGUCCAUGUCUCUUAGUUCAAUGACCAAUGGACCAUCCCUAGCCCUGUUUACAGCUGGAAUGUUCUUCCCAUGGAUCCACACAAAGGGAGCUCUGGCGGGCGGCUUGACCAGCGUAGCGGUGAUGUCGUGGCUGAUCCUGGGCGGUCAGGCGUACCAGGCCAGCGGCGACAUCCGCUUCGCCACCAAGCCCCUCUCCACUGACGGCUGCCGCUACGCUUUCGACCGCGUCCACAACGGCUCUGUCGCCGUCACAGUCGACUAUCAGAACAGCGACGUGUGGUCUGGAUACCGGGUGUCUCCCAUGUGGUACACGAUGAUUGGCUGGACGAUCAUGCUGGUGGUGUCCCUGCUGGUGAGCCUCGUGGUGCGACCGGGGGAGGAGGAGCCACGGCCGGGGGCCAACCUGUUCAGUCCGCUGGUGCGGCGUUGGCUGCCUGUAGAUCCACUCGAGAAGAGCUACAAGACGGUAGAAAUGCGGAUAAUAUCGACAGAGGAGGAAAGAAGAAAGUUGAAAGACGUAGACUGAAACAGCAGCUUCUAUCCUGGCAUUAGAUGCACCUCUUACCAGUAUUACGGAGCUCAGAUCAUCUUCUUUAAGAACUGAAAUUCUAUUAUCACCGUAUGAAUGCUGAUGGAACUUAUAUCAAUCAAGUGACCUCAAUUACAGCAGCUGUUUUCUAAAUAACUGACGGGUGAGACCCUGAGUAUGUGUGUGUGUAAUUUGUACAGGAGAGCAGCACGCAGCCAACAUUCGGAGAAGAACGAAACAUUAUUCUCCCUUAGGUAAUUUUCUUUCUUAGUUAAUUGAGUGGCGAUAUAAAAUUUAUGAAGAGACAAUUAUGUUCUGUUACACUAAAUGUGAUAAAUGUAGAUGGGCAAUGAAAACAAAAUUUAU